UCCAGCUCCGUUCCUCCAAAAUACGCUCGCUCCCGUGGGCGUUCCUCCAAAAUACGCUCGCUCCCGUGGGCAGCUACUUCCGUUUUCGCUUUCGUGUUGUGUUGCGCCGUUCGUGUUGCGUUGCGGCAUUUGCGGUUGUGAUGUGGCUUUUGUAUUUUGUGUUUUGGCGUUCGUGUUGUGUUGUGGCGUUUGCGUUUGUGUUGUUGCUUUUGUAUUUGUCUGAACCUUCUCGGCCACCGUAGAGAGAGGUGCGGAGAACAAAAUCCCAUCGUUGGGCAGGAAUGUGACACAACGCCGUUUGACUCGGGGUUUCGUUUCUACUGCGCGGCGGGCUCUGCGUGCGCUGUAGUCUCGCGCAUACAUACUUUGGCCAAGUCCCGGUGACCCAUUGUGUCCCCGACUUGGCGUGACAAGUUGGUAGUGAGAGAGAGAGAGAGAGAGCGGGGAGGUGUGUGUGUGUGUGGGGGGGGACGGGACUAUUUUUAAAUGGGCACGGUGAGAUGUAUGGGGGGCGUGGACGGCAGAUGAGCAGCAGUGAGCACGUUGGCUCUUGGCUGCGCGGCUCCAGUGUGCUGAUGUGCCGGCUGGAAGAACCGGAAUACGCGUAAAACCGAGCGGCUGGACGCGGAAACCUCGCGGUCGCCUCCAGUCGUCCGCAGGCGACUUUCUGUCUUUUUAAAGCCCGUUUUUUAAUUAUUUUUUUUGCACCCUUUUGGAUUAAUCUGUCGAAGCGCUCGCGUUUGGCGAUACAGGGGACUUUAAGGAAGCAGGAUAAGCUGUGGGAAAACCAUUUUUCUUUUUCUUUUAAGACUCCGCAGCUGCCGUGCGUAACGAACGAAAUGCCAUUGGGUAGCUAUUUGAAUCACACUAGUUUGAGACGACUGCUUUCUUAAAUGUUUUAAGAAAGCCAACGCAUUUGGCUUGACUGCGCAUGGUAAGUCACAGAAACGCCAUUUAGGAUGUGAAAGCUAUUUCCAAGUAAAACUAGACGGAUUCAUUUGGAGACAUUGACAGGUGUUCCAGACAACAACGGACUGUCAGGCUGAACCUGUUUUUAAAUCAUACGUUCUUACGGCUCUGUCUUGCAACAUCGCAGACUCAAAAGGAUUGGAAGAAUUGGUGCAAAAAUUGGUUCGUAUAACCCCAAACAUGUUUAAUGCCGACAUCUUUACUUUCCCAAUACGCAAAGAGAGCGCACGUGGUCAUUGACAACCGCAUAAUGCGUUUGAAACGCCGACUGGCAGAGUAAGCAUCACUCAAGUGUCCUUUUCUCACCCCGAGUUGGAGCCAAUCUGGCGACAGCCAAAAUGACGAGCAGCGGACCUGUCAUCGUUUUCGAGUGGCUGAAGACCCUCCAGCUCGCCCAGUACGUUGAGGCCUUUGUGGAUAACGGGUACGACGACCUGGAGGUCUGCAAACAGAUCGGAGACCCCGACCUGGAUGCCAUCGGGGUCUGCAUCCCUCACCACCGGCAACGGAUCCACGACGCGGUGCGCCGGCUAAAAGACGAAGCCAACGAGACGGCCAGUGGACUCUAUUUCACCCUGGAGCCGAUGCCACCCGCCGCUGAGGUUUAUACCUGUCACGUGGUUGACCACUACGAGUCCAAACUGCGGGGAUCCAAGUCCUGGACCGAGCCUACGAGUGAACGGACCGGGCGCCACGGUGGCUACAUGGGCGCGCAGAGGAACCGGACGCUGGGCAACAGGAGGGAGCUGGUGAUUUACCCCAAGCUGAAGCUGAAGAUCAUGAUCAGGGAUAAGCUCAUCAGAGACGGGAUCAACCUCGCCAAGCCGCCCUACUCCAAUAAGGACGGUUCUCUGGGCAACAUAGAUGACCUUGCCCAGGAGUACUCUGAGUACUACAACACCUGCUUCAGUGACGUCAAUGACCGCAUGGAGGAGCUACGCAAAAGACGAGUCUCCCAAGAGGAUGACAUGGAGAAACUAGAUCCGAGCAGCACGUCCCUGCAGCUCCGCUCUGAGAUCCAGGAAUCACUAGGCCUCAGCAGCGAGGUGUCCACUCCCGAAAUGGACAGAAAACUGUCUCUGCACAAAUCAAGCUCGGAAGAAGGAUCUGGAGGUAAAUGGGACAAUAAGAAGAAGAACAAGUCGUUUUGGCAGAACUUCCGCAAGUCUCCGCACAAACCCGUCAUGAGGCAGACGUCCAAAGGUGAAGACAUUGGCUACGUGGCUAGUGAGAUCACCAUGAGCGAUGAGGAGCGAAUCCAACUGAUGAUGAUGGUGAAAGAGAAGAUGAUCACCGUUGAAGAAGCUCUCGACCGGCUGAAGGAUUAUGAGCGCAGCAGACAGUCCAGCAGUACUGACACUGCAGAGUGGACUGACGGAUCCAAUCUAGACCAGUCCUCAAACUGCCACCAGUCUCAUGAACAGUCCGACGACGAGCAAUCGGAGGACUCUGUGAAGUUCAAACGGCUUCACAAGUUGGUCAACUCGACGCGCCGAGUCAGGAAGAAACUCAUCAAGGUGGAGGAGGGCAAGAAGCAUACCUCUGAAGGUUUUUUGAAUCUGGGGGCACCGCCCACCUGCGAGGACAACACCGCUCUGUAUGCGGGGGUCGUAAAGAGGCCUCCCCUGUCACAGGACAACUCCCUGGCCCAGGAUCAACUCUCUCUGGACGGGGACACCGACAGUCUGACCACCUCCCCAUCCUCCAACAGCCUGGACACCUGGUCUGGACACAGGCUGGUCAAAACCGUCAACAGAUCCUCCAGCACCCACGGCCUCAUCCGGCCCCCCAGGAGAGCCCCCGUCAGCCCCGGGGCCCUGGGAGGCUCCGGCGGUGGCGCGGGAGGCAGCGGCUCCUCCUUCUCCGAGCUGGACGGCUGCGGACCGGACGACGAGGGGAAGCUGCUGUCGCGCUCCACCACCGACGGCGAGAUGCGCCGGGCCCUGAGCACCGUCUCCCACGGGGUAAGUAACAGCGAGGCCCUCUAUGCCUACUACGGCCUCACCAAACCCCGCCCCAAAUCCCGCCUCCUGAUCCCCCUGGACGACGGCCCCAGGCCCCAGCACGCCGGCCGCCACCGCGGCGGCUGGGCGCAGCGGAAGCCCGACCCCAACUACGCCUACUCCACCAAGCACCUGCUGCACAGGCGCUCGCGCGGCGGCCCCAAGGCGCCGGCCUCCCCGCUGUCCGUCGGCCCCGCCUCCCCGGCCCGCUGCGACGUAGCCAAGUCGAAGGGCUUCGGGGGCGGCGCGGGGGGCUGGGCGUUCCCCCCCCGCCGGCCGCGAGGGCGGACGGCCGUCAGCGAGCUGAACAUCACCUAUGUGGUGGAGCGGAGCCUGUACGGCCACCUCAACUGGGCGCAGCUGGUGCGCCCGGUCACCCUCAGCCGCGCCGAGCGCCGCUGUCUCCUGGAGGAGGACCGCGAGGCGGACAGGAAGUGGGCGGCCAGUGUGGACCGCUGCACCAAGCGGGUGCUCUUGCGCUUCCAGCAGAAGUCUAGAACGUACAGCUUUGGGGGCUUUGACCUGACCAAAGCUGCAAGCUGCGUCGUAGUAAACGCAAGCUCGGAGCCGAAUAGUAAAGAGCAGGAGGCCAUAUACAGAGAAGUGGUGAAGUCCCCCACCACCUCCCGGAUCUCUCUGGGCAAGAAGGUCAAGUCGGUCAAGGAGACGAUGAGGAAACGCAUGUCAAAGAAAUACAGCAGCUCCUUAUCUGAGCAGUCCAGUCCGGACGGGGCCCCCGGCUCUCCUCAGUCCCCUCAGCCCGACACCGACUCGCUGGAGAAGCCCAAGCUGAAGGCCGGAGGCUCGGUGGAAAGUCUGCGUAGUUCUCUCAGCGGACAGAGUUCAAUGAGCGGUCAGACAGUGAGCACCACCGACUCCUCAGCCAGUAACCGAGAAAGCGUCAAGUCGGAGGAUGGCGACGACGAAGAGCCGCCUUAUGGGGGGCCGUUCUGUGGCCGCGCCCGAGUCCAUACAGACUUCACCCCAAGCCCCUACGACUCCGACUCCCUCAAACUGAAGUGCGGCGACGUGAUUGACAUCAUCAGUAAGCCUCCCAUGGGGACGUGGAUGGGCCUGCUGAACAACAAAGUGGGCACCUUCAAGUUCAUCUACGUGGACGUGCUGAACGAGGAAGAAGAGAAGCCCAAGAGGCCGGUGAGGAGGAGGAGGAAGGGCCGACCACCCAAACCUUCAUCGGUGGAGGAUUUGCUGGAGCGCAUCAACCUCAAGGAGCACCUGCCCACCUUCCUGUUCAACGGCUACGAGGACCUGGACACGUUCAAGUUGCUGGAAGAGGAGGACCUGGACGAGUUGAACAUCAAAGACCCUCAGCACAGAGCCGUGCUGCUCACGGCCGUAGAGCUGCUUCAGGAGUACGACAGCAGCAGUGACCCGGAGCGCGGCGCCCUGUCGGGCUCCCAGGAGAAGCUGCUGACGGAAGGGUGGGGCCUGGUGGGAGACUCCCCCCGAGACUCCGGCUGCUACGAGAGCAACGAGAACCUGGAGAACGGUAAGAGCCGAAAGGCGUCGCGAUCCAGUCGUUCCUCGGCGGGCCUUCAGUCUCCCGACUACCCCACGCUGCCCAUGACCCUUUCAACAGAGGCUCUGCAGCAGAACAGCAAGAACCGCCGCGCUAAGUUCCCCAAGAGCUUCUUCAUCAAACCCUCCCUGAAGGGCUUCAGCCUGCUCGGCCUACGCAGAGCCCAGAGACGGUCCCCCAUCCCGGCCAGUCGCAGCUGCGAGGACCUGGACGGGCCCCCGCAGCCUGCGGGACCCCGGAAACGCUCCCACUCGCUGGGCGACCUGCACUGGGACCGGAGCUGUGAGCUGAAGGAUCUCAAACUGGGCCCCGAGGACGCGCCGAAGUCCAGCAGCGGCGGUCCAGCGGAGGCGCGUGGAGACGAUGGCUCCCCGCCUCAGAGUGAGACCCCGACGGUCAGCCCGAAGGGGAGGGCCACCAGGCCCCCCGUUCCCUCCAAGCUGUCCGUCCGCCCCGCUUGUCCUGCCGCCCGGUCCGCCAGCCCCCCCGAGCUCCUCGCCAGCCCGCCCGCUCCCAACGCCGGCGGGGAGAGGGUCAUCCGGACUCACUGCAAGAAGCCCCCGGUGCCCCCUCCCGUUCCGGCCAAGAAGUCCAGGGAAAGGCCGGCCAACGGCGCGCGCCACCCGCCUCUCUCCCUGCCUGCCUCGCCGUCGCCGACCGCCUCCCCCACCCGCUCCCUCGCCCGCUCCCACCCCAGCAGCCCCGUGGUCCGCAGCCCCGGCCACGGUGCCCCGGCUCUGCCCGCCAAGGCCCCGAGCACCCCCAGCAGCCCGCGUGCCGCCCCGCCCGCCGCCGGCGAGCAGCCGGGCGCCCCGGCGGCCGCGCUGCCCCCGUGGUUCUCGGAUCGCGGGGGGGGCAAGGUGGCCGCCGCGAGGAAGGCCUCCCACGACCUGCUGACCCUUCUGGAACAGCGGCUGCAGGCCGAGGGCAUCGACCUGACGGAGGAGCCCUACUCUGACAAGCAUGGCCGAUGCGGCGUCCCCCAGCCGCUCGUGCAGCGUUACUCCGACGACUUGGAGCAGCCGGCGAAGGACGUGGCGUCCACCGUGGACCAGAUCCGAGUCAAAGAGCUGCGCAAGCAACACCGCAUGGCUAUUCCGUCCGGCGGUCUGACGGAGAUGUGCCGGAGGCCCCCGCCCUCGGGGAACGUCAGCACGGUCCCCGAGUGGCUCACCUCCAUCGGCCUGCCCAUGUACGCCGCGGCCCUGGCGGCGGCGGGGGUCGACACGCUGAGCCGCGCGGCCUCGCUGACGGAGAGCGCGGCGCGGGAGGCCGGCGUGCGGGACGAGCGCCACGUCCGCCGGCUGGUCGGCGAGGCGCGGCUGGUCCAGGCGCGCGGGGCGGCGCGCUGCUAGCCGCGCCGGCAGAGUCGGUUUUUUUAAUUAUUAAAAACAACAGGUAUCUCACGCACUGGUCGGCACCAUCCCGUUCGUACGUGGUCAGUAGGGUGCCCCCCCCCCCCACACACACACACACACACACACAGGGAUGGACGGUCGCUCGGGCGACCACAGCACUACGGCCCUUCCUGUCUGGCACGCGUCCGAACGCUCGGAGGGAGACGCCCCCCCCCCCCGCGUCUCUCGUCCGCUCUUCUUCUAUCACUCUGACUUCUCUCCAAAUGUUUACGACGUCGCAGAGUUUUUCCCCUAACAGCCGAAAUGAGAAAUCGGAUGCCUUUUUAAAAACAACAACAACAACAACAACAAAAAACCAAGACUGUAGACUCACUCCCCGAAGUCUUAGAAUGAAGACUCGGAUCUGCCUUGAAGGACUAUAGCACACUCUUUUUGUAGGAUGGAUGCUUUUUAAACACAGAGAGGACGGUUUACUGCAUAUUUCAUAAGUGCUUCAUCACCAUCUCGCGUGGCAACGCAACGUUAUCCGUCUUUUGAAGAAGUAGCUUGGCCAAAGUGAUUUGGUCCUGGUUAAGUGUUCUCAUUCCCACUAAAUGGGCUCAUAACGGCGAUGACAGAAUUCACUUAAUAUCUGGACUUUUAAUCAACUUGAUACACACACCAGACUAUGAACAAUUGGUUUUGAGAUGGCUUAUUUUGUGUGAUGUUUCUGUAUUAUAGCGUUGUGCAUAUUGUCAUUUUGAAAUGAUUUAUGUGUCCGAGUUUGUUUGCUUCUGAAUGUCGCUGCCUUAUUCGGAGGCCCUCUCAGCCGUUUCUGAGCUAAAACCGCUGACGUCACACACGUGUACUUCAUAUUAUACCGUAUGUCCUAUUUCACUGCAUAUCUUAGACGCUCACCCUGUGCUGAUUUGCACACAAGUCCUGCAGGAAAUUCUGUUUGACUCGAGUAAUAACAAUCCGCUUUCACAGAAACAAUACAUUCCCAGUGUACCCAAGCACACUUUUAGUUGCCUUACCAUUACGAAAGAAUCGCUUAUUGUGAUGAAAACGCAAGUAUAUCGUGGGAUGAAUAAGUGCUGAAGGUGCAAACCUCUUUGUUGUGUCCAGGAGGUAAUUGAGAUUUUAAAUAUUUACACCCUCAGCCGGUUCAUUUCACGUGGAUACGGACCACGGAACUGGUCUGUGGUGUCUGUACUUGUGAAGCUCGGAUGAUAAAACGCCCAAAACCAGCCACCGGCGCUAGUGACGUGCUCCUGUGUCUAACGUCCCGGUUCAACACAUCCCGAGUACACUUUCCAUGCAGAGGGUUGUGGGACAAAAAAAGAAAGAAAAUGUUCCAAAGACUGCAGACAUCUGGCCUGUCAAAUCUGGAUUGUACAUGUUGGUUUGAGGAAUUACUUUUACAGCUGAAUAAUGAGCUGAGUUUGACUUUUUUUUUUAAAAUACAUUAUACUGUAGUUUAUUUAAUCGUUUUUAGAUCUGGAAUUCUUAAUUGGACUUUUCUCCAACACCACACUGAGGACAGAUGAUGAGAAAGGUGUAUCAGGUGAAAAGCUGCCCUUCAGGGUUGGCACAAAAAAAAAUGACACUAAACAGUGAAUCAGGGAAACGAUGCGUCGGGUCGGACUGAAACCAUCGGGCUGAAAAGGGAUCUGCAAACAGCCAGGAACUCAUCGCGCUCUCAGUCGUGCACUGAAACGGAGCCAAUAUUUGUAUUUUUUUCCCCUCUUAUUUCUAACAUUCAAGUUUUUAUAUUUCAUAGUCUGAACUGAGCUCAAAGACUUACUCCACUGUGCUCCCAUUUAAACAUUUGAACCCCCCCCCCCCCCCCUCCCAAGUGUUAUUACUAAAAUCAGAGGGCGUUUUCUUUUUUUUUAUUUGCAGUGGGCACUUGAUAGUUAGACGUUUGAUGCCUUUUCUCCCUUCAAUCAAAAGUGGUGCUCAGAAAAAAAGCGAUCAUGAUGAAAUGAGGAAAAGACCCAAGGAGAGGUUUUGUAACGAGUAGAAAUACUGACACUGUAAAUGCACUUUAGAGGGUAAAUCUAGCUGUUUUAUGGGCGGAGUUGGCUACAUUUUGUUCACAGGUCCACAACUGGACAUUUGUUGUCAGGUAUUGUAAAAGAGUUUCAGUGGCUUCUUGCUGGUAUUUUACUAUAGUAUUGAGUUCCCAAUGCCAAGUUUGAUAACCAUUCACGGUUUCAACUGUUCCAGUUACUCACUUCCAGUUUGUUUUUGCAGUCUUAAAAUUAAGUAUUAAUUACAUAUAUUCAAUGCUUAGCAAAGGUUGCACAUUCUGUAUAUGUAAUUGAUAUUUAAAUAAAUUAUUUUUGCUUUUUUUUCAUAUCAAUUGUAAUUAGCUGUACUAUAUGAAUAGCAAUACCUUCCUGCAUAAUGCACAUUGCUUUAGCCAGUGAGGAACUACAGUAAGUAUUGUAAAAUAUGUGUACAAAUUAUUUUAUUUGGUUUUCAUCCACCUAAUGAUUGUCCAUACAGAUUUGCUUGUGUAUUGAAACAACAAAAGUAAUGUCCAUAACUAUUUGUCAUUCUGAAAUAUAAUAAAAACUGUUUCUUGCCAAACACUGA